AAUAAUUAUUUACAUAUAAAUAUAUUAAUUAUAGCACAACUAACAUGUAUAAAGUGCUAUGUUUAGGCGUUUUAUUGGGAUUAGUUAUAAAUUUUAAGCUUGAUGAUGAUCACUACGACCCAGUGCCAAUAAAGGAACGAAAAAUUGACUACACUAUACACCCAAUACUGGCCAGUCGUACCUCGCAGACAGAAAUGACUGGUGCGGCCAUAUCUGACUCAGACUUAAUGGCAAUUUUUGAAGCGGCCCGUUGGGCACCUUCGGCCUACAACAUACAACCAUGGCGAUUUAUUUAUGCCAAACACGGCACAGCACGGUUCACCGACUUUCUCACCACGUUGGAAUCGUACAAUCAGGUGUGGGCCAAAAACGCAUCGGUCAUUAUCUAUCAGAUAGGUGCUAAUUGGCAAAUGGAGAAGGGUGAUGUACAACAGGUGACCUACAAUACUUUUGACUCAGGUAGUUCCUUCAUGUCCCUCUCGCUGGAAGCCAAUGGUAGAGGCUAUGUAUCGCACGCUAUGGCCGGUCUAAACUACGACAAGGCCUACAAGACUCUCGGUGUGACCAAAACUAGUCAUACUAUACACUUGGCCAUAGCGUUGGGCGUACCGCCGGUCACCCGAGCGGCUCCGGAGACUAUCGGUACGAUAACCAUCUCUUGUGCGUUCAUAUCUCACUUCAAUGUAUUAGGCAAUGAUAUCUCAACGCUUUUGAAGUACUGGCCGAUCGCCUCAACUGUAUCGGGCGCUGGACUUUUGCUCGUUUUGGGUGGCACUGGUUCCUGGCUAGUGGUGGCAACGGUGGCGGACGUGUGCGUCGAUUUAACAUGCUUGGUCAAACUGGACAAAUGUCUAUACCAGAUCGUAUAA